GCUCGAAGGCCGUGGAAGAUCGCGGCCGAAGCAGAUAAAUUCAUUUCCUUCCGCCUUCUCGGACUCUUUUUUUUUCUCCUCAGAAAUAUUUUCACCAAUUCAAUUACACAUCACAUACAUUAAUACACAAUGUCAAAAGCUGUUGGAAUCGAUCUCGGCACCACCUACUCGUGCGUCGCCCACUUCUCCAACGACAGAGUCGAAAUCAUCGCCAAUGACCAGGGCAACCGCACAACACCCUCCUUCGUCGCCUUCACCGACUCCGAGCGACUGAUCGGUGAUGCCGCCAAGAACCAGGCCGCCAUGAACCCUGCCAACACCGUCUUCGAUGCUAAGCGUCUGAUCGGUCGCAAGUUCACCGACGCUGAGGUCCAGGGCGACAUCAAGCACUUCCCCUUCAAGGUCAUCGACCGCGCCGGCAAGCCCGUCAUCCAGGUCGAGUUCAAGGGCGAGGACAAGGUCUUCACCCCCGAGGAGAUCUCCUCCAUGAUCCUCACCAAGAUGCGCGAGACCGCCCAGGGCUUCCUCGGCGGUGACGUUACCAACGCCGUCAUCACCGUCCCUGCCUACUUCAACGACUCCCAGCGCCAGGCUACCAAGGACGCCGGUCUCAUCGCCGGCCUCAACGUCCUCCGUAUCAUCAACGAGCCCACCGCUGCCGCCAUCGCCUACGGUCUCGACAAGAAGGCCGAGGGUGAGCGAAACGUCUUGAUCUUCGAUCUCGGUGGUGGUACCUUCGAUGUCUCUCUCCUUUCCAUCGAGGAGGGCAUCUUCGAGGUCAAGGCUACCGCCGGUGACACCCACUUGGGUGGUGAGGACUUUGACAACCGUCUCGUCAACCAUUUCGUCGCUGAGUUCAAGCGCAAGCACAAGAAGGAUCUCUCCUCCAACCAGCGUGCUCUGCGAAGACUGAGAACCGCUUGCGAGCGUGCCAAGCGUACUCUGUCGUCCUCCACCCAGACCUCGAUCGAGAUCGACUCGCUCUUCGAGGGUGUUGACUUCUACACCUCGAUCACCCGUGCUCGUUUCGAGGAGCUCUGCCAGGACCUCUUCCGCUCGACCAUCGACCCCGUCGAGAAGGUCCUCCGUGACGCCAAGCUCGACAAGUCGAGCGUCGACGAGAUCGUCCUUGUUGGUGGUUCGACCCGUAUCCCCAAGGUCCAGAAGCUCGUCUCUGACUACUUCAACGGCAAGGAGCCCAACAAAUCGAUCAACCCCGAUGAGGCUGUUGCCUACGGUGCCGCUGUCCAGGCCGCUAUCUUGUCUGGCGACACCUCGUCCAAGACCCAGGACCUCUUGCUUCUCGACGUUGCUCCUCUCUCGCUCGGAAUCGAGACCGCUGGCGGUGUCAUGACCAAGCUCAUCCCCAGAAACACCACCAUCCCCACCAAGAAGUCUGAGAUCUUCUCGACCUACGCUGACAACCAGCCCGGUGUGUUGAUCCAGGUCUACGAGGGUGAGCGUGCUCGCACUAAGGACAACAACUUGCUCGGCAAGUUCGAGCUCACUGGAAUUCCUCCUGCCGCCCGUGGUGUUCCCCAGAUUGAGGUCACUUUCGACAUUGACGCCAACGGAAUCUUGAACGUGUCUGCUGUCGAGAAGGGCACCGGAAAGUCGAACAAGAUCACGAUCACAAACGACAAGGGCCGUCUGUCGAAGGAGGACAUUGAGCGCAUGGUCUCCGAGGCUGAGAAGUACAAGGAGGACGACGAGAAGGAGUCUUCUCGUAUUGCUGCCAAGAACGGUCUCGAGUCGUACUCGUACUCGCUCAAGAACACUCUCAGCGAGGAGAAGGUCAACGAGAAGCUCGAUGCUGAUGACAAGUCGAAGCUGCAGAAGGCUAUCGACGAGACCGUCGAGUGGCUCGACAGCAACCAGACCGCUACCACUGAGGAGUUCUCCGACAAGCAGAAGGAGCUCGAGGGCGUUGCCAACCCGAUCAUGAUGAAGUUCUACAACGCUGGCGGUGCUCCUGGCGGUGCUCCUGGCGGUGCUCCUGGUGGCGCUCCUGGUGGAUUCCCCGGUGCGGGAGCUGAGGCUCCUGGCAGCGACGGCCCCACCGUUGAGGAGGUCGACUAA